ACAAGGAUACGUGGCCAUAUCAUAGCAGGUACUCUGGCUUACCGUGGUAAGCGCAGCAGCAUGGUGCGACCGGGCGCUGGCCUCUUUGCCUUGGCCACCGCGCUUGCAACGGAUGCGCCGUCGGCCGUGGUGGAGGAGUCGAGGAUCCCGUACAAGAACCUCGGCCGUUGUGGCGCGACGGGCCGCUGGGGCGAAGCGCUGGAGGAGAAACUGUUCUUCCUAAAGACGACGAAGACCGCCGGGUCGAGCAUCCGGUCGCUGUUCGUGCGGUUCGCGCGUAGCGAGCGGCUGGCGGUCUUGCGUUCGACACAACCUGGCGGCGUCCUCUUCCCGGCGAGUGGGGCCAGCCAGCAGUGGGUCAAGCAGUUCGCGCCGAUGCCGCUCGGUUACGCGCGGCCGCGGUCGCCGCUAGCAGCGCCGUACGAUGUCGCGUAUGACCACUCCACGUUGGACAUUGCAAAGCUUAAAAAGUUUUUGCCUGGCGCACGAUGGAUAACGUCAUCGCGCGAGGUCGCGAGCCGCGUCCUGUCGGCCAUCGCCCUUUUCAAGCAUGAGAUGGACCCGGCUGCAUAUUUCGGCAGCUGUGUCCGCGUCGACGCGCGUGGUUUUUGUGCCGGUCCGCUCCCUAAGGCCACACAAAAGAACCAAAACCUCAACCGGAUCUGGAACUCAGUGAGCUGGCAACUCGGCGCUCCAACGCCGGCCUACAAUUUUGGGCACCGACCGCUCGGUGAGACGGUCGAUCUACUUGCGCGCAUCCCAACGGCACCGCUCGUGAAACUCGUCGAUGGUGCGCCGACCAACGAGACCUUCAUGCUCGUCUUCCUCGUCGAGCGUUUCGAGGCAUCCCUUGUGCUCCUUCGGUCGCUCCUCUGCUGGUGAGUACGCCCCGCUAGCGUUACCUUGGGAUUGCAUCGACGCACGUCCCUUUGUCACGCACAGGCGCUGGCUCGACGUGAUCACCGAGCAACCGCCAUUUAAGCAAGUCAUGUCACCGAGUUUACAUUAUAAAUUCUCUGCUGGACGCCUUGGAAAUACCCCUGGGGUUCGCCAGGCUCCCUGCGAAAUGAUUCAGAGAAACCAAGGGCUGUGAUCUUUAAUCUUUGCACAGGUCAUCCAGGACUCCAAGGUUCGGCACGCCCACCAGGAGGCGAUGUUGCACAAGCUUGGCGCUCGAGGCCACCGGUGGCAGCCUGCGCGAAAGACACCACCACCUGCUGUCGCGGCGACCAUUGCUGCACUCAAUCCGCUCGACGCAGCAGUCCACGCGGCCGCAAAACGCGCAUUCGCCAAGCACGUUGCGGCAUACGGCGGUGAAGACGCGCUCGGGAGAGACAUCACAUUCUUGCGCCGAUUCAAGCACGCACUUGCAUUUGCAUGCCUCGGCUGUCUCGCCGGUGCGCCAAGCCAGCUUGCAGCAUUCGCCGAGGUUCCCUGUGGGGCCCUCCGCCCAACAUGCGUCGACCUCCACAGAGGCGUAGACUCGAAUCCGUGGUCAUCUCGUCCGGACUCGAGAGCUGGUGCCAUUGCCAUGCGCCGGCGCGACGAUGCCGCCGCCGAGGCGGCGAUCUCGGGCCUUGUGGGAGGGUGUACGCACUUUGCCAAUGCCACGAUUUGUCCGCGAGACGCGGCACUUUGCGCAACGGGCGAGCUCUGUGUCACUGGCAGCGACUCGGCUGUUACCGGACCGCUCAAAUUCCGCUUUGAAGUCUAGCUGGUGUAAACAAGAGCAUGCCUGGAAA